CCCCUCCCUCUCUCUCUCUCUCUUCUUCUUCUUCUUCUUCCUCAUCUCACCUCCCAUUAAACCAAUCUCCUCUCCCCUUGGAUCGAGAAGAACCCAAGAAAAGAAAGCUCUUUUACACUCACCCAAUUCAAUGCACCAUCAUCUCCUUCUCCUAAUCCAUCCCACGCUUUAAACAAAACCGGUUUUUUCUUUAUUCUUUCUUCCAACGACAGCAGCACACGCGCACGCACGCACUCUGUUUCUUGAACAUCGUGUCUCCUCUUCACUCUCUUCUUCUUGGCUUCACUCGUGUUUGCUUCGCUGUGCUGUGUUGGAGGGUCAAUCUUUUCACAAGGCCUUGGUUGGAAUAAACAAAACCAGAAGAUCAGUGAACGUGCCCUUUCUUCCUCCAUUCUCCUCCUCUUACCAAACUUCACGCCUUCAAGCUAGACACGAGAGAGAGAGAGAGAGACAGAGCAUGAUUGGUGCUUUCUCUCUCUUCGUGGGUAUUUUUUAUUCUGUUCAAAGAUUGGAACAGUGGCCAGUUCUCAUUUUUAGAGAAGCGGGGAGAGAGGGCUGGGGGCUUUGUCUUGGAGUUUGAGCGCUCUCUCCAUCUUUUGAGAGCUAUGCUCGUCUCUAUGUGAAUCGAGACAAGCUCGUCUUUUUUUGAAUUCUUCUUGCUCUCAUCUCCUUAGAAAGCUCUACCAUUGGGUUUCUAUAGAGAGAGAGAGAGAGAGAGAGAGAAAAUGUGUGUGUGUGUGUGUGUUUGUAGCCGCUAGAGUGUGUACGCUAGCCUUGAGAAACAGAUUUAUCUGUCUAACACCCUUUCUUUGUUUGCCCUUUACAUUUGUUGCCCCCUUUUGCUUUCUGUUCUUUCUUUGAAUGCUGCUGCAAAAUAAUUUUCUUCGGGUUCAAACUUUACUCUUGUUGUCCAAAAGAGAGUGCUCCCCAAAAACCGUUAUUACUUUAGUACUUCAGCUGCGUAAACAAGUCCUGAGCUUUUCUCGGCUAUAGCAUGAAGUGGGUAUCUGGAAAACAAGGAGGAAAACAAGAAGAAGAAGAACAAGAAGGAAAAGCACAACAGAGGAGAAGCGGAAUCUGACAGAGAGCUUUACACGGGCACCGAAGGGAUGGGGGUGAAAAUGCAACAGAGCCACCAUUUGGUGGCUGUGAAGUUGAAUGAGCAAGUGGGGACAAAAAGAGGGUACACAUUCAUUCAGUCAAACAGGGCUUGGCUUCCCAAAUUCUUGGUCCUCUCGGUGGUGGUGGUGGCAUUCUCGAGCAUGUCGAUCUACAAUAGCAUGGACGCUGACAUCAAGGUGAGGAGGAAGGAUGGGCUGGUCAGCAUGUGUGAUCAGAGGGCAAGGAUGUUGAAAGACCAGUUCAGUGUCAGUGUUAAUCAUGUCCAUGCCUUGGCCAUUCUUGUCUCAACCUUUCAUUACUACAAGAACCCAUCUGCAAUCGAUCAGGAAACAUUUGCUGAGUACACAGCAAGAACAGCUUUUGAACGCCCAUUACUGAGUGGUGUGGCGUACGCGGAAAGAGUGAUCAAUUCAGAGAGGGAGAAAUUUGAAGAGCAACAUGGAUGGACAAUCAAGACAAUGGAGAGACAGCCUUCUCCUGUUAGAGAUGAAUAUGCGCCCGUCAUUUUUUCGCAAGAAACUGUGUCCUACAUUGAAUCGCUUGACAUGAUGUCAGGAGAGGAGGACAGGGAAAAUAUUCUUAGGGCGAGGGCAACUGGAAAAGCCGUUCUAACGAGCCCAUUUAGGCUGUUGGGCUCCCACCAUUUGGGGGUUGUAUUGACAUUCCCUGUGUACAAGUCAAAACUCCCGCCGAAUCCAACUGUGGAAGAGCGCAUCAAGGCAACUGCAGGAUAUCUUGGAGGAGCUUUUGAUGUUGAAUCUCUCGUGGAGAAUCUACUUGGGCAGCUGGAUGGAAAUCAGGCAAUCUUGGUCAAUGUGUAUGAUGUAACAAACUCUUCUGAACCACUUGUCAUGUAUGGUCACCAAUAUCAAGAGGGCGACACGUCCCUUCUGCAUGAGAGCAAGCUUGACUUUGGCGAUCCAUUUAGGAAGCAUCAAAUGAUUUGUAGAUAUCAUCACAAGGCACCGCCAUCAUGGACUGCCCUCACUACUGCAUUUUUGUUCUUUGUGAUAGGCUUAUUAGUCGGGUAUAUUUUGUAUGGUGCAGCAACUCACAUUGUCAAAGUUGAAGAUGGUUUUCAUGAGAUGCAGGAACUGAAGGGUCGAGCAGAAGCUGCUGAUGUUGCCAAAUCUCAGUUUCUUGCUACUGUUUCUCAUGAGAUUAGAACUCCAAUGAAUGGGAUCCUUGGAAUGCUUGCUCUGCUUCUUGACACAGAAUUGAGUUUUACUCAAAGAGACUAUGCACAAACUGCUCAAAUCUGUGGAAAGGCACUAAUAGCAUUGAUAAAUGAGGUACUUGACCGUGCUAAAAUUGAAGCAGGCAAGUUAGAGCUAGAGACAGUCUCAUUUGACAUUCGAUCCAUUCUCGAUGAUGUUCUCUCCCUAUUCUCUGAGGAGUCCAGACACAAAGGUAUUGAGCUUGCUGUCUUUGUUUCUGACAAAGUACCAGAAAUUGUCAUGGGGGAUCCAGGAAGAUUCAGACAGAUAAUUACUAACCUUGUCGGAAACUCUGUUAAAUUCACCGAGAAGGGACAUAUAUUUGUGAAAGUCCAUCUAGCUGACCAACUAAAGGGCGCGCCUAAUGCGCACACUAAAACUUGCCUAAAUGGACGACCAGAGGAAGAUAUACUGAUUUCUGGUGGGUCACAAUUUGAAACAUUGAGUGGGUGUGAAGUAGCCGACGAGAGGAACAGUCGGGAUACCUUUAAUCUUUUGAUAGCUGAAGACCUGUUCAAUUCUGUUGAUUCCAAGAUGACAACUAACGAAGCUUCUGAAAAUGUCACUGUAAUGGUCAGUGUUGAAGAUACUGGUAUCGGCAUUCCAUUGCGGGCCCAGGAUCGUGUUUUUAUGCCCUUCAUGCAGGCAGAUAGCUCAACUUCUAGAACUUAUGGAGGAACUGGGAUUGGCUUGAGUAUUAGCAAGUGUCUGGUUGAGCUGAUGGGUGGACACAUAAACUUCAUAAGCCGGCCUCAGAUUGGGAGCACAUUCUCCUUUACAGCUGUGUUUGGGAGAUGCAAAAAGCUUGUGUUUGCUAAUGUGAAAAGGCCAACUUUCAAAGAUCUUCCUUCUGGGUUUAAAGGAUUAAAGGCAGUAGUGGUUGAUGGUAAGCCGGUCAGAGCUGCCGUAACUAGAUACCAUUUGAACAGACUUGGCAUUCAUGUUGAAGUCGCAAGUAGUAUCAAUAGGGCAGCAGCUAUGUGCGGGAAAAAGGGUUCUCUGACUGCUGGAUAUCGACAUCCAGACUUAAUUCUAGUUGAGAAAGAUACGUGGAUGUCCAGCAUUGACAACUGCAUAAGUUCAACGGUAACAGACUGGAAACAGAAUGGCAAUUUAAUUCAGUUUCCUAAAAUCCUCCUUGCAAGCAAACUCAGUGCCUCUGAAUUAGAGAAGGCAAAAGCAUCUGGUUUCGCUGAUACCGUCAUUAUGAAACCUGUAAGAGCAAGCAUGCUUGCUGCAUGUCUGCAACAGGUUCUGGGUAUAGGAAGGAAGAAGCAACCGCAGAAGGAUAUGCACAUGAGAAAUGGGUCUAGCGCCCUGGAGAGCCUUCUCUAUGGGAAGAAGAUAUUGGUGGUCGAUGACAACAAGGUUAACCGAAGAGUCGCGGCAGGGGCACUCAAGAAGUUUGGGGCCAAUGUAGAGUGCGCAGAGAGUGGAAAUGCUGCAUUGGAGUUGCUUCAAUUGCCACACGACUUUGAUGCUUGCUUCAUGGAUAUCCAAAUGCCUGAAAUGGAUGGCUUUGAGGCUACACGCCAGAUUAGGCUGAUGGAGAGCCAGGUGAACGAGCAAAUGAAAAGUGAAUCUGCGGUUGAAAUCAUGAAGGGGGGUGAGUGGCACACACCAAUAUUAGCCAUGACGGCAGAUGUGAUUCACGCAACGUAUGACGAAUGCCUCAAAUGCGGGAUGGACGGGUAUGUCUCGAAGCCGUUUGACGAAGAGAAUCUUUACCAGGCGGUCGCCAAAUUCUUUAGAACCAAACCCGUCUAGGACUUAAAAACUUUGAGCAUCUGGUGAAUUCAUGUAUGUCGCAACUCGGAUGUUGCAGUGGGCAAAAGUGACCAGCGAUUUUGGAUUCUGCUGGUUGGUUUUUCGUGUCGAGAAUGCGCCCACUCAAAAAUGCAGGCCCUGGUAAAUUGUUCUGACCUGACUCAAAUCAUUAUCUUAACUAGAGUAGAAUGAAUGAGAGUAUUUGUAUACUACCAUAGAACAUCCAGCCCUGCUUUUCUGUAUAGAUCUUAAGGAGGGGAGAGGAGUCCAAAAGGUGUAUAUUUUCAUCGUCGUAAAAUCUUGUACGCUUUUCUCAGAAUGCUCUGAACCACUUAAUACAAUCUAGAAAUGUUCUUUUAUGUUUUCCUUGAUUGAAGAUCUGAUACACUUUCC